ACGUCACAGGUUCCGUCCCAACACGGAAAUAUGGAAAAGUGACAAGAUCGUUGGUUGCGUUGCAGUUAUUAUGGAUUUAAAGCGGCACUACAAACUUAUGUUUCACCGCGUCUGUCGACUCUCCGGGCGGCUUUGGCGAUGUUAAACGACCGCUGUUAACUUUCUGACACAUGGACGCGGACACGCGCUGUAAACGGAGAGAGACUUCGACCUCUGUUGUUAGUUGAACAGCUCCACAACCCGUUUGUUCAAAAAAACAAACAUGAAAACAAGAGUUUCGGGGGUCAUGGGGCCUCUGGGACGCCUGCUUUUGUCUCUUCUCCUGCUGUCCUGGGAAGGCAAACUAUUUCAGGUCGGAGGGGUCAGGUCAGUCACACUCCCAGAAUCCCUGCUGUUCGUCUCGACUCUGGAUGGUAGUCUGCAUGCCGUCUCCAAACAGUCAGGAGACAUCAAGUGGACCCUAAGAGAAGACCCCAUUAUUCAAGUACCUGUCUACCUGACAGAGCCAGGUUUUCUCCCAGACCCCAACGAUGGAAGUUUAUAUGUCCUGGGCGGCAAACACAAGGAGGGCCUGAUGAAACUGCCGUUCACCAUCCCAGAACUCGUUCAGUCAGCUCCCUGCAGGAGCUCUGAUGGUAUUCUCUAUACAGGUAAAAAGCAGGACGUGUGGUUCGUGGUUGAUCCUGAAACAGGUGAGAAGCAAACCAGUUUAACCACCUCCUCCUCCGAAUCCAUCUGCCCAAACACUCCUCUGCUCUACAUUGGACGCACAGAAUACAUGGUUACCAUGUUUGACACAAACACACAGGAGCUGCGGUGGAACGCUACGUACAAUGAUUACUCCGCUCCACCUUAUGAUGAGAAACAAGACUACAAGAUGGCCCAUCUUGUGUCGAGUGGUGAUGGUCUCGUUGUGACAGUUGACAGAGAGUCAGGUGACGUCUUGUGGAGUCAGAAUUACGGAUCGCCCGUCAUAGGGGUCUACCUGUACUCUGGCGACUCACUAAGACACGCCCCCCACCUGUCUCUCGCCAUGGAAACGCUACGCUUCCUCACCUUUUCCUCUGCCAACAACCAGGCCGACGCACACUCCACAUUGAAGUGGAGCUAUCAGUUUGUGAAGGAGCAAGCCAGCGCACAUACACAGCUUGUACCUACUCUCUAUGUAGGAAAAUUGGACUCCCACCUCUAUGCCUCCACUUCCCUCGUCCACCAGGGAGUCUCGUUAGUGCCUCGGGGUUUGACCCUGGCUCGAAUUGAGGGACCGUUGACGGAAGGAGUGACACUUGGAGAGCGAGGGGCGUGUGAGAUUACACCGUCCACUGAUGUGCGCUAUCCACCAGGGAGCACAAACAGCCGGAAGAACCACUGGCUGCUAAUAGGUCAUCAUGAGCUCCCUCCGAUCGCUCACACCACCAUGCUGAGAGAGUUCCCACUCAUCCUGCAGCGUUCUGGCGAGGCAGUCAUCCCCCCUCGGCCUUCUGCUCCCCCUACCUCCCCUGCCUCGUACUACCAACAGCGCUAUACAGAUACUGGUGGCCAUAAUGCUAAUGCUAAUAGAGAAGGGGCUGAUGGGAGGACAUCAGAACAGACCCAGACAGCGGCUGCUGUGUUGCCUGUCUAUAUGACUCAGGAUCGUCUUACCCUGGCAGUUGUCACACUACUGCUGGGAGGAUGGUUGGCCUUUGCGAUCACAUACCCCGUUCGCGCAGCCCAGCAGCUGAAAGCUCAAAGGCAGCUGGAGGAGGCUUUUGAGUCUCGUCUCCAGCGCAUGCAGACCGACAUGCAAACCAGUGUGCAGACAAACAUGCAGCCAAACGUGGAGACAGUGACCUUGGUUUCCUCAGAUACAACCCUUUCCACUGACACAAACCUCUCCAGUGACUCUCUGCCUGCUGACCCUCCACCCAGUCCUCACAGUCACAGCAACAGCACCUCAGAUGUAAACAGCACCAGUGAGCUCAAACCCACAGCAGAAGAAAACAGUGAGGAGGUGCAGGUGGGUAAAAUCUCCUUCACCUCAGCGGAGGUGCUUGGACACGGCACUGCAGGAACUUUUGUCUUCAGGGGAAAAUUUGAUGGACGGCACGUGGCAGUGAAGCGAAUACUGCCGGAGUGUUUUGAGGUUGCAGAGCGCGAGGUGCAGCUCCUCCGAGAGUCUGACACACACCCGAACGUCAUCCGAUAUUUCUGCACAGAGAGAGACCGCCUUUUCACUUACAUCGCCAUCGAGCUGUGUGCUGCAACCCUGCAACAGUAUGUGGAGGAUCCGUCAUGCUUUCCUAGCCUGAAUCCUAUAACUCUGCUGGAACAGACCAUGUGUGGCCUCUCACACCUUCACUCGCUCAAUAUAGUCCAUCGCGACCUGAAGCCCAGAAACAUCCUCCUCUCUGGUCCCAGUGCGCUGGGUCAGGUGCGAGCUCUCAUCUCUGACUUUGGACUCUGUAAGAAGAUCCCAGAUGGUCGGAGCAGCUUCUCUAUGCGGUCAGGAAUACCAGGAACUGAAGGGUGGAUAGCACCCGAAGUCCUGCGGGAUACUCCUGGCAACAAACCGACAACAGCUGUGGACGUGUUCUCGGCAGGCUGUGUGUUCUACUUCGUGAUCAGCAGGGGACAGCACCCCUUUGGUAAUGCACUGAGACGACAGGUCAACAUCAUGUCAGGAGAAUAUUCGCUCUCGCAUUUUAUGGAGGAUAUACACGAUGACGUGAUAGCACAGGAUCUGAUUGAGCAAAUGAUCAGCACUGAGCCAGAGUCCCGGCCCUCCACCGCCUGUGUGCUCAAACAUCCGUUCUUCUGGAGCCCAGAGAAGCAGCUGCUCUUUUUCCAGGAUGUGAGUGACCGCAUAGAGAAGGAACCAGCUGACAGUCCGGUUGUGGUCAGACUGGAGACUGCAGGAAGAUCAGUGGUUCGAACCAACUGGAGGAUGCAUAUCUCUGUGCCCCUACAGACAGACUUGAGGCGCUUCAGGACAUAUAAAGGAAACUCAGUCAGAGAUCUGCUGAGAGCCAUGAGGAACAAGAAGCAUCACUACCACGAGUUGCCACCAGAUGUGCAGGAGACUCUCGGCGAGCUGCCCGAAGGCUUCGUCAGCUACUUCACCACACGGUUUCCACGGUUACUGAUGCACACACACGCUGCUCUGCACAUCUGCGGACACGAGAGACUGUUCCACCCAUACUAUCUGGCCCCCGCCGCCAAAUAGCAUUCACAUUACUCUGUUCACAGAGAGCCAAACACACACACACACAUACACACACACACACAUACACACACGCACAUACACUGGUGUACUUUUGUGUGAGCUAAAGAAAUCUCUGACAGUGCCCCGUUAUUGCUUUUGUAAAGCCCAUACUGUUUCUGGGGGGAAGAUACAGUGCUGUGAAAAAGUUUUUAUAAACCUUGAGUUGAUUUAUACAUUUAUAUUUUUGCAGCCACUGAUCAAGAAAUAUUUUAAAAUUUAAAUAGAAAGCAUUCAGAGUGCAUACCUCUACAAAGGCUGCAUACAUUUUUAUUUUAAUAAUAGAAAAUGUUUCAACAAUAUCCUAAUGUGUCACUCCACUAGAAUAUACAUAAUGAACAAAGUGAGGAAAAAAAGCCUCUCGGUGUACUUUAUGAUGAAGACAUUUGACUUUUAUUGGAGUGCUACCGGAUUUUGUUUUGGGCAAACAAACACACUGCUGCUCUUGAAUUAGAUCUGGAGAACAUGUUUACAGGAAGACGUUUUUAAUGAGGUGUAGCAAAGAAAAAAGUGUGCUGCACAUCUCCAGAUCCUGCUUCAGUUGUCUUCGUUGUUAAGGCACCGGUUUGAGCUCUGGGUUGGCUCACGUGUGGAUAUUCCUUCAUCCUUAUUUUACAUCGCAGUCCUUUUUAUCUAUUUAUUUCUUUCUUUCAGGCAGAUCAACUCAGCACAUGAAAAGUUCCGCAGUUUUCUCUCAAGCGCAAUAGUUUAUUGUAGAGCUGCAAAAUUCAUUCAAAUAUCGUGAGUCAGAUUUUCUACCAUAUGCUGCAGCCCUAGUUUAUUAGAAUAAAACAAAAAUGUUGGACAAAAAUUCCCUAGAACAAAUCACUUGUUCCAGCCCAUUCCUUCAGAUUUCAUUGAAGUGUUUACCAUUUUAAGAUAUCCAACUAACAGAUAUCCUGCAAACAAACACACUGAAACACACGACACAUUUCGACAACAGAUUAUUUUGUGAGAAUUUUUGUUUUUACUGGAUCAUUAAUAUUACAGAGACAGGAAACAAGGGACAGAAAUGGUUAUGACAUGCAACAUGCAUGUCUGACAUAAACCUACAGUAUAUAAUGAUAUAUAAUCAGUGGGAAAAGUCUCUCUUUUUAUGAAGAUAUAUAUUUGAAAUGCAUGAAAGACAGACAAAAUGGAAGUUGUACAGUUGUGUUUAAAUAGAAUCAUGUUGGGUUUUUGGGGAAUCAUAAGUUCUGAUGUAGCAUGAGCACAUCAUGGAAGGUGAUGUUCACCUGGUAAUACGUCUGGAGUCCAGAUUAAAUAGCACCUCAAACAUGAGGUGAACAAACUUUGUCACAGCACUGUAGAUAACACAGACACUGGACAACAGGCCGACAUUAGAAAUGAAGUACAGCGUUACGAGGAUGCACGUCAAAGAAAUCUCUGGUUAUUAAUUUAACCCGUUAGUUGAAGAGUUUACUUACCUCCCUGUCCCUGUCAGUGCUGUGCUUCUCCCUACGCCAAAGACUCCACAAUAUUUACUUUGCUAUUUGUUUUUCAUGGAUUUGAUGUGUAUGUGUCCAUUACUGCUUUGCUGAAUGUAGCUACACUGACUGAAGGAUGUACUGAACCUUGUUUUUCACUGAAGUCCGUACAUGAAGCACAAAAGUCAAAUAUCACUGGCACUGUUUAAUGUGGGAAAUGUUCAUACACUGUGGAAAUCUGAUUUAUCAUUUUUAAUGCAACACAGGCAACUACAUUGCCCCUUUUUUUAUUUAUAUACAUUUUUGUUUACUCAUUUUAACUGAAGUAUAUUUAACCACUCCUGAACGUUUGGAAACGUUUCCAGUUUCACAAAAUGCCACUUGACAUCUCUCCCUGUAAGUACUGGGUGAAGGUUUGUUUAUCGGUCUGCAGUAGAAUGAAUGAUGUUGAUGAAGAAUCAAACUUUUGUACUUUUUAUUUUUUUUGAAUGAGUGAAUUAAAUUGAUGCUUUGGGUGUGCCAAAGAAUGAAGUAAA